UUGCCCCCACUCUUAAAAUUUAUUUUCUUAUCACAUAAUAUUUAAUAUGAAUUGUUUCCCGCGCUUUUCGUAAAAUUAAAUAAUUUGAUUAUUAUAAUAUUAUAAUAAAAUUACUUUUCAUUUGCGUUUUUUAAAUUUCUACAAUCCUAGUAUCCUACUUAGUCAUUUAAAAAGCUCAAAUAAAUAUGGAUAGAAAUAACAGACUAAAGUUAUUCAAUGAUUUCAUUGUAAGUAAAAAUCACAUUUCGAAUUUUGUAGUGCAAGGAUGUCCUAUUCGUGAAAAUGUAUUAGUUUAUUUUAACAACUUUACAUCUAAUGAUACUCCACUGGAAGAAGAUAUGAUAGUUUUGACUAAUGCAGAGAAUGAGCACAACCAUAUGAAUAAAAUUAAAAUUGAGGGUUUUGCAGAGUUGUUGAUACCUAAAUUUACUAAUAAAGAGUUCAAGUCUCAUUUUCGUUUAGACAGAAGCAGUAUUAAGGUUGUGAUGACAUUCAUUGGUCCUAUUUUGUCUCAAAAAUCUGUAAAAAUAAAUGUCGAAAAACAGAUACUUAUAUUUAUAUGGUUUAUGGCAAAUUGUGAAACACAUCGACAAAUUGGUAAUCGCUUUAACAUAGCAGAGAGUACAAGCCAUGAUAUUAUAACAAAUUGUUUAUUGGCUAUGAAUGAUGUAGCGGGUAAGAUUAUUGUAUGGCCAACAGGAGAAGCUGCAUUAGAAAACAUCCAGAAAUUUAAUUCUUUAAGAGGAUUAAACUCAUUUCCCAAUGUAUUUGGCUGUAUUGAUGGGUGCCAUAUAAAUACAUUAUUUCCUUGGGAAAAACGAACUAAAAUGCCAAAGUUGGAUAGAAAUAUGUUUUGCAACAGAAAACAAGUUCCAUCUGUUGUACUGCAAGGAAUCGUUGACGCUGAGAUGAAAUUUAUAGAUGUGUUUGCUGGUUGGCCAGGGCGGUUUCAUGAUGCCCGCAUUUUCCGUUGCAGUAUAAUUGGUCAAACAAUCAUAAAUAAUCCAUCAUCAAUCCUCCCUAAUUCUUGCUAUAUUCUUGGUGAUGGUGCCUAUCCACUCGCUGAAGGCCUCAUGAUACCGUAUAAAGAUAAUGGUAACCUAAGUUCGAAACAAAAAAAUUUUAACCAUAAGCUGAGUAGCUCAAGAGUUUUAAUUGAGCAGGCAUUUGGCAAAUUGAUCGGCAGAUUUCGAAAAAUUAAACACAUGGACUUCUACAAAAAAAAUUUUUGUGGGAAAGUUAUAACUGCUGCAUGCUGCUUGCAUAAUAUAUGCAUAUCAAACAAUGAUACAUUUGAUGCUGCUGUACCUAUUCAAGCCGAACUUAACUUACAGGAAAUAAGAAAUGAAGAUAUUAGCGGCACAACCAAAAGAAAUCUAAUUUGUGAUACAUUAAGCAUGAAUUAGAAACAAAAUAAUGAAGUUUAAAACAGUGUUAUUAUAGUAAAUAUUUUAU